AUGUAAGCAGACAGUAUUUUGGUGUCUCCCCCAAAACCAAUCACUGAAAAAUAAAAGGUAGAAAGUAGAGGUGAAUAGAAUAGAUAAAAGCAUUACCUUACAAACCAGAAGUUUAUUUACAUCAUUAUGUAUCCCAACCCCUGCAUCCUGGUUCAGCGCUGAUGCAUAUAACUACGUUAUAUGAGUCUAUGCUGCAGUUUCAAAUCGCAUUAUAUGGCAACAUAGAUGGGGCCCCAGUCUUUCUAGCAGGUUCAGGCCUUCUCCUUUAACAUCUUGUAAAUAAGAGCCGAUAUCCCAGGUGGCUUUGGCUUUGGCUUUGCACUUUCCCAGCUGUGAGGGCGUUGCUUGAGCUCAGGUGGUUUAUAAGUCAACUGCUUGACUUGGCAGGAAGAGGAACAAGGAAGUGAGAAAGAGCCUUAUUCCAUACACAAUCACAUGAAAAACAGCCAGAGAGGUGCUGCCAGCUACAAUUGUUUGGGAGAGCGCAAAGGGAGGGAAAAUGAGCGAAUCAGGCAAGGAGUUUGGUCAAGAGCUCACAGACCAGAUCAAUGACAUUCUGAGCCGACUGCAGAGCAAGGAGCUGUUUCAGUCCACCUGGGACAUUGUGGCCUUUGUCGUCUUCUUCACUUUCAUUGGCGUGGUCCUCCUGAUGGCUCUUCUGGUCCUUAUCCGCUGUUUCUGCUGCUGCUGUGAUUGCGACUCACCUAGAUCAUACAACAAGGUUCCCAGGGGAAAAGUCGGCAUCGAUAACAAGGGCAUGGAGCCUUAGCCCUGCUGGAACAGGUCACUUCUGCACACAAUCAAAUGCCUUUGCUUUAAUGGUUUUUCCCCCCUGUAAAUUGUAUCCCGCCAAAGAGGGAACAUUGGUUCAAAUUGUGAUCCUUUCUAACCUUUACUUACAAACAGGGAAGCAGCACCGCACUCAGGUCUUCAUCCAUUAGCUGAUCGUCAAAUGCUUCUGAGAUCUGAUGUUGUAAAAACUGUGAAGCUCAACGUUUUUUGUUUCUUGCGACAGAAAGAGUUCAGUCUUGGUUUUCCCCUUCUGUAACCAUGCCCCCCAUUGAAAAGAUAUGGUUAUGCCCUUAUAAAAUAGUGUAUUUUAUUUUAGGCUGCUAUGACCAAUUCUGAUUUGCCUGGAUCUCAUCGUAUUUGUGAAUCUUUGUUUCUGAAGGUAAUGAUUUGAAUAAAGUCAAAGAUACAGCA